AUGGCGGAUCGUCUAUUUAAAUUGAGGUUCAUUCUUCUAAACUAGACGGCGUGUUAUUUAAAUUUUUCUGAUCGCAUUCGUUAGUAAAGUUAGGUAAAAGAUUUAAUUAUUUGCAAGAUGUCUCUUGUUCAUCUUUUUUCGACAUCAAUUCUAGCGACACAUUUUCAGACUUUUCAUCAAAUGUAAUCAAGGCAAGUUGCUAGAAAAAUUAAUUAACAAUUCUAAUUAAAAUUUAAACUGAUUGGUUGAUUGUUUCAUUUUAUUUGAAGUCGUGCACAGCAUUUAAAGGUGCACUAACUAGUCUGUCUGGGGAUAAAUAAGAAAAAUAAUUAUUUGCAAAAAAAAGUUAGUAAAGUAAAAACUAAAAAAGUAAAGCCUCAACAAGCAGUACUGUCUACUUAAUAAACAUAACAUAACCUGCAAAAAUGAUGUGUGAUGUAAUGCCAACAAUUAACGAAGAUGGCUCCAAUGAUAGGGACUCCAAUUACUCUGGGGAUGAGUCAAACUUUGAACAGCUGAUGGUCAACAUGCUGGAUGAAAGGGACAAAUUAAUGGAAACUUUAAGAGAGACCCAGGAGACGCUAAACACCACAAGGGCCAAACUGCAAGAAGCUGAACUAGACAGAGAUGCUUUCCAGAAACAAUUAUCUAUCACACAACCACAGGAGUACACAGUUUUGACCAAAGAAUUAAACCAUGCUCGAGAACAAAUAUUAGAGAGAGAUGAAGAGAUAUCUGAAUUAAAGGCUGAACGAAACAAUACCAGGCUUCUACUGGAGCAUCUAGAAUGUUUAGUGGCCCGACAUGAACGAUCUCUCAGAAUGACUGUAGUGAAAAGACAGGCCGCCUCGCCAGCUGGUGUAUCCAGUGAAGUCGAAGUACUCAAGGCCCUCAAGUCUCUCUUUGAACAUCAUAAGGCUCUCGAUGAGAAAGUGAGAGAAAGAUUGAGGGUUGCACUGGAGCGCACAACACAAUUGGAGGAGGAUCUCAAUCUGGUCAAUCAGGAGCUAUUCCAGCUGAGGGAGAGAGAAAUGAAAAGAAGACAGGGUGAUGGUGCUGAUGAUGAUCAUGCUGCUGGAAGUGUGGAUGGCUCAAAAGAGAUUUCAUCAUCUUCGUCAUCUUUACCAUCAUCAAUGACGUCAGCCUCGACAGCAACAACAAUGACAUCAACAACAACAUCUUCUGCUCAACAACAAAAACCACCGGCAACAUCAACAGCUGAAAAGGACCUACCUCCCGAAGUUCAGGACACGUUAGUCAAGUUGUCAACUGAUUUGGUAAGCACUAGAAACAAGAUGGCCGAACAGCUGAUUAGAAUCGGAGAGUUGGAGGAGUUGCUGUCAACUGCUCAAAAGGAUUUGAUGAGGUCGCAGGAGAUGAGCGCUAAACUGCAAAGAGAUAUAAGAGAGUCAGUGGCCCAGAAAGAGGACCAGGAGUCGAGGAUAGCCACUCUGGAGAAGAGGUACCUGAAUGUUCAGAGGGAGUCGAGCUGUCUGGUCGACGUCAACAACAAGUUGGAAAGUGAGGUGGUAACGAAAGAUUCUCUAAUCAAACAGGUUGUCUUUUCGCGGGUGGGGUGCGAAUGCGGUGCGAUGCGGACAAUGAGCAGUGCGAAUGCGAGCGGCGGUUGCGAGGGUGAACUCUGCGGAUGGAUGGAAGAAAAAUUGAAGCAGCUGAAAGACAAACUCGACCUAACUGAGCAAAAACUCCAACAAUCCCUUCCAAAAGCGGCCGCGUUGCCAACGUUGGAGGCCGAACUGAGGCAGAGAUUAGAGGCCCUCACCAAGGCCGAAGAGAGACAUGGAUCGGCUGAAGAGAGGAUGAAAGAGCUCGAGAUGCAACUAUCAGAAAAGGAGUCUGAACUUACUAGGGCCAGGAAGCGAGAGAAGAUGAACGAGGAGCACAACAUGAGGCUGUCAUCAACCGUUGAUAAGUUACUCACUGAAUCGAACGAAAGGCUGCAGUUGCAUUUGAAGGAACGCAUGCAUGCUCUGGAGGACAAGAACCAACUCUCCCUCGACCUUGAAAGGUCGCAGAGGAAUCUGGAGGAGAUUCUCGCUGAGAAGCACGCCCUUCUAGACCAAAUAGAUCUCUACAAGAAAGAAAUCACAUCCCUUAAAGAACAACUGAUAACCUCCAGAACAAUCCAACAUCAUCAUCAACAGCAGCAACAACAGCUGGAGAUGUCAGCGAGUCCUACUCCGGCACCGAGCUACUACUACAAACCUAGUGACGUCAUGCUGGACCCCUCUACUACCUCGAUUAGAAGGCAACAGAAAGGGAGAGAGAUGGCACUGCUUGAUGACCCAACUAAGAUCAACACUCUUAAUGAACAAGAAUGGGAAAGGCUGCAGCAGGCUCACAUCUUGGCAAAUGUACAGCAGGCAUUUGAAUCGGCUGGCAACUCGGGUGCCGUAGUUGUUGACGGUGUCGUUGGUGGCUCUGGUGGUGUAGUUGUCGACGAUGACGGUGAUGCCUUUAACGGGGGCGUCGGGGGCGGAAUGUUGUCCCCCUCUGGACACACUGACGCCCAGACCCUGGCUCUCAUGCUACAGCAGCAACUCGAUGCUAUUAAUAAUGAGAUUAGGUUGAUCCAAGAAGAAAAGCAAUCAACGGAGCAGAGGGCAGAGGAGUUGGAAUCGAAAGCCGUUAUAGGCGGCAGUGCUGCGGCUGGUUCGGGAAUGAUGGGAGCAUCCGCAAUGAUGGUGGACAGUCGAUGGGACGAGCAGCAGAUGUACGAUAGAUCCUCGCCCAUUUUAGGGGGUCGACUGACCCCCUCGCCUCGACCAUCCCUACCAGCUAGAGACUAUGUACCCAAGUAUCAGAGUUCCAAUAGAGGGAAUGUUAACAGCGUUGGAGGGAAUAAUAAUAUAUCCAGCAUAGAUAGAUCAGUGAAUCGCGUUGGUGGGGGCGGCGUUGGCGUAGGAGUAGGGGGUAGUGGGGGAGCGGGUGGUUUAUACCCCUACUCAUCGUCAUCUCCACAUCUGGCCAUGAUGGGUGGCUCGGGGACAUCCCCUGGAAUGGCAGGGAAUCAAGAUUUCAACCCACCCACACUGCGCACUCUCCACGUGGAACAUUCCAACACACUGACCAACAGGAGUGAGGCAUCCUACAGGCACCAACCGUUUGUCAGAUCCAUGAAUAGCUCGCAUAGCAUGGCAAGCCAACUGAGUAGCACGCACUCCAGCCAGGACUCCCUGCAUAAACAGUCCAAGAAGAAAUCUGGAUCGGGUCUCAAGAGCUCGCUGGGUAGAAUAUUUAGUAAGAAGGACAAAAUGAUGAGGAAAGACAAUACGAUGAGCUCUCUGAGUAGAGGAGGGGGUGUCGGCAGUCCGGACGUCAUGGGACCCCUCUCUCACCCUGACAGCAGUGGUGAUGUCAUGAUGAUGGGCAGCGGAGUGGGCGGUGUUGGUGGGGGCGUUAGUGGCAAUAUCGGUAUUUUGGAGUCGAAUAAUCUUUUGCUGGCCGCCACUGGAACGCUUGGAAGGCAGGCAGAAUUCGAUAGGCGGAAGAAGAAGAAGAAUGAAUUGCUAGAAGAGGCAAUGAAAGCUUCAACUCCUUUUUCACUUUGGAAUGGCCCGACUAUUCUGUGGGUAGGCAUGCCUGCCUGGUACGUUGCGGCUUGCCACGCGAAUGUAAAAAGUGGGGCCAUCAUGUCGGCCCUCUCCGACCAGGAGAUCCAACAGGAAAUUGGCAUCAGCAACCCGCUACAUAGACUCAAGCUGAGACUCGCCAUACAGGAGAUGGUCUGCCUAACUAGUCCCUCCGCUCCUAAGACGGCCAGGACAAGUUUGGCGUUCGGGGAGAUGAACCACGAAUGGAUAGGGAACGAAUGGCUGCCCUUCCUGGGACUACCUCAAUAUCGAUCUUUUUUCAUGGAAUGUUUAGUUGACGCCAGAAUGCUCGACCACCUGACCAAAAAAGAUUUGAGAGUUCAACUGAAGAUGGUUGAUAGCUUUCAUAGAACAAGCCUACAGUAUGGUUUAAGUUGUCUGAAGAGAUUGAACUACGACAGGAAUGAACUGGAAAGAAGGAGAGAGGAGGCCACAGACGAAUUGAAAGACGUACUCGUCUGGGGCAAUGAUAGGGUCGUACGUUGGAUACAGUCGAUAGGGCUGAAAGAGUAUGCCAACAAUCUUCUGGAGUCAGGGGUUCACGGGGCCCUCAUCGCCCUCGACGAAACAUUCGACCACAACAGUAUUGCCCUAGCUCUUCAGAUACCUACCACUAAUUUACAGGCUCGUCAGAUCUUGGAAAGAGAGUUCAAUAAUUUAAUUGCUACUGCUUGCGACCAUAGAAACCACGAGCCCAGAGCCAGAGAUAGUUCGCCUCACGAUUUUGACGUGAGAGCCUGA